AUGACGACGAUAACGUGGAAUUUCAAGUCUGUGAAGCUGCCCACAACUCCAAUGAUGCCUUUGACCACUCUUAGAGAUCAGGCUGUGACUCAUUUCCAGUUGGAGGGCAACUUUGGACUAAAAAAGACCUCAACCCUGGCUGCAGGCAGAAAACCCGCCGCCACCCUGCUUGAUUUGAACGAUACUGUUCGAUUGGCAAACUUUGCGCAGGGACAGAAGCUGGAGCUCGUGAGAUUGGGCGCGAAGAAGACUGCAUCACCAGCACCAGUCGCCACACAACCGGCUACCUCAGAAACGAACAAGGUGGUUGCUCCAGCAACGCCUCAGAACAAUAUGCUGUCUCCAGUCUCUGUGACACCAGAAGAUGCCACCGAGUCUACUGACUCUCCUCAGACCAGCACCACACAACCUGAUCAUGGGUUUACUCCGUCAACAGCCCCAGCCUCUACUACUUCCUCUACUGCAGCUCCCAAGAAGCUGCUUGUGAACGCCUCUCUAUCUGUGGUCUCGCUACCGCCCUCUUUCAGCGAAUCUCUGCACUCACAAUUCCCCCCUUCUACGACGAUCGGGCAAAUGCUCGAUUUCUUCCAGCAGAAAUCGGGUAUCAACUUCCAGCGAAAGCUGGACAUCCGCGAAGCUGAAGAUGGCCAUAAGGUUGACCAGGAGAGUUAUAUCAGACAGGGAACUUACAAUGUCGAGUUCAUGGAUGGCCAUGAACAGGCCAAUGAAAGCGAGAACCCUGCUUCCAAAUCAGUCAAGGUUUUCGAGGCAGGUAAAUCAACUGUGCCUACUGACGAUCAUGACUUUGAGCCAACUACUGCUCAUGCACAUGCUUAUAUCAGCACCAUCCGCAAGACUGGAGGCACCAAUAAGAGUGGAAGCACACUUUUGACGGAAAAGCUGCGAGAUCAGCAGAGGCAGGCAAAAAUCAACCAGUUGGGAAGUGUCAAGGUGCGACUGAGAUUCCCUGAUGGAGUCUAUGUAGAGACAGAGUACUCAAAGAAUGACACGGUGGGUUCUAUGGUUGAUACCGUCAACAAUGUCCUGGGAGGAGAUCAGAAGUUCAGACUAUGGCAGAGUUAUCCUCGUAAGGAGCUCAACGACGUUUCUCUGCGCUUGAUGACUGACCUGGGUUUUCUUACCAACACUUUGGUAACUGUUGAAUUCCCAGGAUUAGCCAAGUUUGAUUCUAAGGCUGUGUUGAAGCCUGGAGUUGUUGUGGAGACCCCCAAGCCGGUAGAGAGUGAUACAAAGGGAGAUGUUCCUUCCUCUGGAGGUCCCUCUACUACUGAGGCCAAGCCCAAAAGGAAGAUGACCGGUACUCCCAAAUGGCUCAAGCUAGGCAAAAAGUAA